ACCACCCUUUUACUUUAAACCAAAAAUAUGUGGCAAGCUCAGGGUUCUUUGGCUAUGGAGAUGUGCGGUGCUUUCCAAGUCAGUACCUUGCUAAGGAGGGGCCUCAGGUAUAACAACAGGGCGGGACCAGCUGUGCAGUUGUCGGGUCAGCCUGGAUACUCACCUGCGCACACAUUUCCAGGAACAGCUCACAGGUUGUUUUCUUUUUACUUUCUCUUCAGUGGACAUAGGAGCGGCACUUAGCUUCUCUGCUGCGACGUGGAAUGCUGCUGUGACAAAGGAAAGUGAGUGGUAAAGCAUGUGUCAUUCUCUCAGAUUGGCACACUAAAUUUGCAAUCUUUGCAACAGUAAGGUGAUUUUCAUUUCCUUUCCAAUGGAUCACUACCGCUACUUUAUUUUCAACCAGAGGAGCAUGGUGGUGUUGGGAAUCCUUCAGAUGGCAUGUGCAGGCAUCUCCAUUGUGUCUGGGUUCAUGGAUGGAGCAUUCAGAAGAGAAUCCAACCUUGGGAGAACUAGGGCUCCACUAUGGGCUGGGCUGAUUAUGACAGUUCCUGGAGUACUGGCUUUAUUUUCUUCACAGAAAAAGAACCCAGUUCUAGUUAAUGCGCUUAUUGCUGCUUCUGUUUUUUCCUGCUUUACCACCCUGAUAGUUGUUGUAUAUGCUUCCUUGACACUUGGAUAUGGGGAGGAUGAUGAUGACAUAUUUUCUGCACCUGCACAUGUUAUUCAUGCAAGGUUCAUCCUGGGUAAGCUUGUUCAAGGUGCUAAUAUAGCCAUGUUGAUCGCAUCAGUCUCCAGCCUUUGCGUCGCUCUGUGCAUUGCAUAUAUGGGUUGCAGAAGCCUACCCCAUUGCAUGUGCUAUGAUGAUAUUUCUGGAAUGGAUUGGUUACAUCCUGAGGACGAGCAGCCCCAGACUGUUGAGCUUGUUUGCACUUUCAGAGGUGGGGAUGAACGGAUACUCAACUCUACUUCCCAGUUUACAGACUGCAGUGCAGAAACAGAAGAGGAGUUCUCCCGGCCUCCGCCAUACGUCCGAUUUUCAUGAACAUGUUUAAUUUUAAAGCAUGCUGACCUUGGGCACAAAAUGGAUGAAUUAGCCACUUUCUAAAGGGACUACUGGGCUUUGCCACAUUUUCUGGCACAACGUCUCCUUUCUGACCUUCCACAUUCAGGAGAAGGGACCAUUUUUACAAUUUUUGGAUAAAGAAUUUUUUAAACUUGGUUUACAAAAGUAAACAAAAAGUUUGUAUCAGCUUUUCUGGCCUCUUGUAUUCCAGGACUCUAGUAAAUGCCCAGAACAUCAUUGCAUAGGAUUCAUACAUAGGCAUAGCACCCAAAAUGCCAGUGAUACUGUAUGUGUGUAAUUUGAUCCAGCAAACUUUCCUCUGUCUUUCCAGGCCCGGAUUUGUGGCGAGACCACAAAAAUUUUAGGGGCCCAUCCUGAUCUCUUUGGGAACUCCGCUGCACACUGGUGCAUAUGCAUGCUAGCGGCGGGGGGGGGUGCGCUCAGCCAGCGGGUGCUAGGAACCUGAAGGCCUCUGGGUGCCUCGCAGGGAAAUCCAGCCCUGUGUCUUUUUCUGUUCUGCAAGUUGAAAGCAUGAACACGCCAGGAAAAAGCCUAAGUAGGCAUUCUAUGGACCUGUAUAUUUCUGCAUCCUCCCACAUGUACAGCCCUGCCUUCAGCCAAGUAUAUACAUUACAUAUUUAUUUGAUGCACAGGAUUAAUAAUGUGAAGAAUGUAUGAUCUAAAUGUUGCUGCUUUUAAAGAUUCUUAUUGUUUUAAUUACAAUCAAUAAAAUGUUUUGUUUUGGUUUUUUAA